GGCCGUGCGCUUUCCUUUGCUAACUCCCCGCCUGAUCGCGGCGGCAGUCGUGCGCGAACCGCGAAAAAAUUCCCCAAUCUCCAUUCCCCGCUCUAACCCUAGACACCGACAGCCCGUGCGGCGCGGCUGCCGGCUGCCCUGCUGCGGCGGGAGACGAAGCGAGGACUCUCGACUCGCGUGCUCGAGGGAGGGGAAGCGAGGCGAGGCGAGGCGAGGCGGCGGGGUUGCGUUCCGUCUUGGAUCUUUUGGUGGCUUGCAGGUCGACGCGGUGGCGGCAUCAUAUGUAUAUCGAUUUUUUUAUGGUUAUUGAUCAAUAGCAACACGGGGCUCCAUGUUUGCUACAGAAGGAUUUGGUACCUAGGCUUCCUCAAGAGACUAGAUUGUUUACUAUGGCUUCCGAGGAAACCAAACCAAAGAAGCAAAGAGAUGAGGAAUGCAUUAUAAACGGUCUCCCAGGAGAACUCAUUGAGCGGAUUUUUUUGAAGCUUCCAGUGAGCACUUUGUUGAGGUGCACUGGUGUUUGCGAGCAGUGGCAUAAAAUCAUCCGAGAUCCCCAGUUUGUCACCUCUCACCUCCAGGAUGCGCCCCAAUGCGCCGUCCUAUUCUUUCCGCAAGAGUCGGUCUCAGGUGAGCCCCAUCCUGCUGAUGCUAUCCUGAUUGAUGAAGCCUGGUCGCCAUCGACAUAUGCAGUGCCAGUGAUUGGGCCUGACGAUUUCCUUUGUGGUUCAUGCAAUGGGCUUCUUGUCUUAUACACAAAGUCAUCAACACUCAAGGUAGCUAACUUUGCAACUGGUGAAUGCCUGCAUCUUGAGAAACCUGUAAAGAAUUUGAGGGGUGAUCACUUCUUGUUCUACAACUUUGGAUUUCACCCAUUGUCAAAAGAAUACAAGAUUACACACUUCCUUGGUGAUCCUGUUGUGGGCAGCACUCGCUCCCAUAAUAAUAGCAGAUUCAGCGUCAUUCAAGUUUACACACUUGGUGGUGAGAAAUGGAGAGAUAUCAAAACUCCAGAAGCCCUAAGCUUAAACUGUGUAAAAAACUCUGGAGCAGUCAAUAUUGACGGAACAAUGUGUUGGCUAAUUGAAGACAUGGUAGCUAACUGGCAGCACGCAGUUAUGACCUUUGAUCUCAGUGGAGAAAGUUUUGCACGGAUACAACUGCCAGCAACUGUACAUGAAGAUUGUGCAGGUGGCGGUCCCCGUCGGUACUGGAUCAGAGAGAUAGAUAGGAAGAUAUGUAUAGCAACUGCUCAAGCCUGUCCUUCUCUUCCCAGAAGGCUUGUUGGUAUGCUGCAGAUCUGGGAACUUGAGAACAAAACGGAGCAAAGGUGGAGCCUGAAGUACAAUAUUCAGUACUCGCCAGAUUACAUUCCGGGUCCAAAUUUGGUUCAUAGGAAUAAGAUCAUACUGCAACGUCGCGACGGCAACCUAUAUUCCUAUGAGUUGCUCGGGGAGAACUUCAAUACUAAAUUGUGUAAGAUGGCAAAUCUGUUAGAUUUCUUUCCCCACAAGCCUGACAACAUGCAAUCCUAUAUCUGUGUGAAGUCACUUGUACGUUUAGAUGUAUACAAGAAGACUGCCAUUGCGCGUAGGCCAAAACAACGGGAAGGCUGGGAAUUGAAGAAGUGGGAGGCAUGGGAGCACCAGCUCUCUGAUUAUGAAAAACUGUGGACUCGCCUUCAUGAAGAAGAGCACGAGGGAAUUGCACUUGCAGAACACAGUAGCAUAUCAUUCAAUGGUCUACUGCCGCGUAUCUUGGAUGAUGCGAUUCGACAGGAUAUAGGCAUGAAAAUCAAUAAAAUAUGUCCAAGCCUUCCAGAUCAGCAACCAAGGCCCCUCCGGCGGCUUAAUUGUGUGGCACAGAAGCAAGAUAGGGAAAAUUUAUCUGCUCGUUUGGAGAAUUAUAGUAGCAUUAUGAAGGCAUCGAGGGAGGCUUCAAAGAGUAUCAUGAGUAUGAUACUUAGUGCUGUAGAAAAUCAGAGGGGUGCUUCGGGCUCAAAUGCUGGCAUUUCUUCUCAGAAUCGCAGUGAGGGCGAUGAUGCGAAGGCUUAAUACUUCAGAAUUUAUCAUGAGGGCGAUGAUGUUCAACACUUGUUUCUUUUUGUCACCGAGGGACUGUUUACCUCUUCUGCCUGUAAAAGUGUUCUUUCUGAAGUACCGGCUGUGUGCUGCUAUGUAUCUUUUUUCGUUUGAAUUUCAGUCCUUGUGAUCUAAUUAACUUAUUGGUCGAUUUGAGACCUUGGAGAAUUUGCGGGACAGCGAGACAUUUGAUCUGAAGGUUAAACCAACUCUUGCCACUGAA